CGGGGAAGUAUGGAACAUGGAGAAGUGCAAAGCUCACGUUUUACCUAUGCGGUAGCCCUUUAGCAUUCAUAUCAGGUCGACUUUAGCCUUUGGAGUCUCUUAUGCAUCGCGACUGACGCAAAUGAUUAUAUUUCAGUCAGGUUAUGAAUUAGGGAGCAGCUGCGGCCCAUAGCAUCCGUUACUAGUGCUUGGCCACGCCAUGAAAGCGACGACGAGGCGCAUUCAGAUUAAUCGCUUAUCAAUCCACUUUAACUUGUAACUGGAAGACAUGACAGCGUUUUGUUUAAUUUGGAAGUCUCUGGGGGCUCAGCGAUGGCUGCUUCUUGCUGCAAUCCUGUUGGCCUUGACUCCCGAUUCCGCAGAGGGUGGAUUUCAGGGCUUUGGGGGCCAUGGUAGCGGCCUAGGUCGCCGUAACGAGCGGCGUUUGCUGGCCCGCCGUCCACCUCCGUCAAAUCCUUCCCCACCGGACCCCUUUCCACCUCCACCUCGACCCCCAAGUCCUCCUCCUACAAUACCAAGGCCCCCCUAUACACCUCCCCCGCCGCCCAGUGCUGCUUUUGUUGACACGGGCCAGUAUUACUGCAUUACCAAUCCCUAUGGCAAGUGCUGGCCAUGCGAGAAGAAUGUCUAUGCAUGCGAGACUGAAGACAGUUUUUACUCAAACUCGGGAGUGUGUAUGAUCUAUGACAGCUGGUACAGCAGCGUCUACUCGUAUGACCAGUGUGCAAACCUUCCGGUGUGGAAGACGGAACUGAAUGCGACAUUGAGCAACGGGACCAUGCUCAAGGUUGGCGACGUCCAGGCGUGGGAGGACACUGGCGGCUACAUGGUGGUCACCUUCUUCAUGAUGUGCCCCUGGAUGAUGCAAAUCGACUCCGGAGUGACUGGUGCAUCCUUCUCGGUGUCCGUGACUGAGAUUGGCGUGGACGGCUCCACCCUGGCAUCCUGGGCUUUUGUCACCAGUGAGACCGCUGGCAUACCGUACCGCGCGUGUUCCUCCUUCCGUUUCCCCGUGCGAGAGGAAGCAGGGGGCUACCUGGGUGUGGAUGCGGCGCCCGGGACAGCAUGCAGCACCUACAACCGCAUUGUGCGGAUACAGGCGAGUGUCAUCCAGCUUACCGCUGUGACGGAUGAUGCGACCUGCGGCACUAUCACCUAUGCGGACUCCUCCGACCCCAUCAGCACUACUGUGGACGCAUCCUUUGUAGUGGGCACUAUGUACGCCCCGCCGCCGCCGUCUCCAUCCCCGGCUCCCCCUAAUCCACCGCCACUGAUGCCAUUUCCACCGGACUUUCCGCCAAGCCCUUUUCCUCCGUCACCGCCGCCAAGCCCGCCUCUAGCCCCCCCACCCGACCCCCCCUCACCACCAAAUCCCCCCAGCCCGGCACCAGCACCACCUCCUCCCCCAUUUCCUCCCAGUCCUCCAUCACCCCCACCGCCAAACCCUCGUCCCCCGUCGCCCCCACCCUUUCCACCCUCACCACCAUCUCCCACCCCACCUCUCCCACCCAGUCCGCCGCCACCUUCUCCCUUUCCACCGUCACCUUAUCCCCCAUGGAACCCUGGUCCCUUUGCCCCUUGGUGGCCCAAUUCACCUGCGCCUCCCCCCGACCCCCCGUCCCCUGAGCCACCUUCACCUUCUCCCCCGCCAUCCCCACCAUCACCGCCGCCCGUGCCAUCCCCUCCACCUUCUCCACCACCGUUCCCGUCACCGCCACCGUCUCCAUCACCGCCGCCUCCGUCCCCCUCGCCGCCGCCUCCUCCACCUGAGCCGCCAUCUCCGCCGCCACCCUCCCCGCCACCUCCUCCAAUGCCUCCCAGCCCAGGACCACCGCCGAGCCCCUCCCCGCCGCCCCCCAGCCCGCCGCGGCCCCCAUCACCCAGUCCUCCGCCGGUGCCAUUCCCAUCACCGCCUUCCCGGCCGCCAAACCCCUUCCCGCCACCCAAGCCGCCCCGUCCUCCGCCUCCUAGUCCACCCCCGCCACGGCCCUCACCACCGCCGCCUCCCAGUCCCAGUCCUCCGCCACCUUCCCCGCCGCCCAGGCCUCCACCGCCUUCCCCAAGCCCACCACCACUUCCCCCAAGCCCUUCGCCGCCACCACAGCCGCCACCAAGUCCACCGUUGCCGCCGUCACCCUCACCGCCACCCUCGCCCCCACCGCCCAGCCCGCCUCCCAGCCCCAACCCACCGCUGCCCCCCAGCCCCUCGCCCCC